UGUAUUCUGACUGGUAGUUAGAGAGACUUUCCUUCCGCCCUAUCAUCUCUCUCAACAUGAGAUUACUCAGACUCCUUAAUCUUCUACCCUCCACAUGGAGGCCACCGUCGCCGAGACUCCUUCUUCUUCCGGUGCUCCGGCGGACCUCCGCCAGCCGCAGCUCAACUACGACUCUCUGGCCGCCGAGCUCGAAGCUCUCCGCGUCGCUUACCGGGGUCUCCAGGUGAAAUCCGCCUCGGCUGAGGCGAAUUUGGUGGAAGCUCUGAAGCGUAACGCGGAGCUCCGAGAUGAGCUUCUUGGACUCCAGGCGUCCUUGAGAGAGCGUGAGGGUGUGUUGAAGGAGGACGAAGGAAUUAGGAACGAACUUGAUGGUUACAGAAAGCGGGAAAGGGUUUACUCGGGGAAUUUGGGGACGCUGAGAUCGGCUAAGGAGUGUUUGCUGAGGGCGAUUGAGAGCUUGGGCGGGGAAAGCGUGGACGGGGUUGUGGAUGAAUGGGAGGAAUUGAGGGGAGAAGUCGGAUUAGAAUCAUUACAUGACAAUGAAUUAAGGGCGUUUGUGAUCGAGUUAAAGGCGGUUGCGGGAAUAGCAAGCGUGGUGGAGACGAGAGUGAGCGAGUAUCACGAAAUGAGGAAGAAGGAGAAGAGGGAGUUGGAGAGCAGUGUCGUGAGCUUGACGGAGGAGAAUCGGGACAUCAACAGCUUGCUGAGGAUUGCUUUGGUUGAAAAAGAGGCUGUGGAGAAGAGUUUGAAUAAGCUUAAAGGGAACAGUGAACAGAAGAGAGUUGCGAUAUUGCAGAUUGCGGAAAGAGGCUUGCAGAGGGUGGGAUUUGGGUUUAUGAUGGGCACUGGAACUAAUGAACCAUCAUCUGAUAAUUCGGGGGCAAAUUCUGAUAGUAAGUCAGAUGGAAGUGAGUGUGAAGAGGAGGUUCCAAGCCUGGCCUCAGCUGUGGAGAGGAUAAUGAAAAAUUUACGACUUGAGAUCACCCAAUUGAGGAGAUCUUUGGAGGAAUCUAGGUCAGACACUGAACGAUUGCAGAGUCUUACAGAGAUACAAGCUCAGAAAAUUUCAGAAAAUGCAUUGUACAUAAAAGCACUGGAAGACAGAGAGACAAUGUUGGCUCAAAAUGUUGAGGAAUUCCUGAUGGAAAUAAAAGAAACCGAAGAAGAUGUUGCUAGAUGGAGGGAAGCUUGUGAGUUGGAAGUGGAAGCUGGAAAAAAUGCUGUUGAAGAACGUGACAAAGUGGUCAGGAUUCUGCUCAGUUUGUGGCACUUUUUCCCCUUUGUUAUGGUUUCAAUUUUGAAACUAGAGUUGGACAAAACGAAGUCUGCUUUGGACAUAUCAAAUAGCAAAUUAAAGCUGAAGGAAGAACUUGCAGCUGCUGCAAUGGCUGCUCAGGCAGCAGCAGAGAGGUCUCUCCAGCUGGCUGAUAGCAGAGCGUCAGAACUCUGUGAGAGGAUUGAAGAACUAACAAGACAAUUAGAAAAAGCAGACAGCAGGGAGCACAGACGCCACAAGGUGAGGCACUGUUGUUGGCCCUGGCAAACCCUCAAGGUGAACCCUUCUGGUACAGACAGUAGAAAUCAAAAUAUCAGGCAGAUGCUACCAGAGAUGCAAGCUUUACUUCCAUAGUGUUCCACACCACAAGCUCUUUCCAAGCCUCAGCAAAAUCUAUUUGUUGUUCUAUAAAAGUUAUAAUGCAGUUCACUUAGCAAAUACUAUAAAUCUUGUGCCUCUGAUGCGGCUGUACUUCUCAUCCACCCUCUGCCUGUAAGAUUAUUUUCUUUCUCAAAAACUUCACUACUUUUGCGUUAGUGAUAGUUUUGUCUGAUGAUGCAUUAUGUAGUGGGUUAAUUUAACGGUGUACAUCUAGGAAAUUAGUCAAACAACAUAUCAGUAAUGUUUUUUCUAUUCCGUGC